AGAGAGAGAGAGAGAGAGAGAGAGAGAGAGAGAGAGAGAGAGAGAGAGGAGAUUUAACGGUUCUUCUCCAUCUUUCCUCGUGCAUUAUGCGCGUGGCUUCCAUUUAAAAUACCACGCGCUGUUUUUGUGAAUUUAAAAAAGGGGUUUUAAGGCAUUAUUAUUUUAAAAUCUACAUUAAACUUCAUGUAUACGGAUAAUUCUGUGCCCCGAGGUGUCAAAUAUAUACAGAUAUAUAUAUCUUUCAGAAGGAUGAGUGUAUAAGGAUCGGCCUCGAGUGCCAGAGCGACAUGUCUAAGCCGUGCAAAUCCAGAUCAAUUUGCAGACCAGGUCAAUUUAAGUUCAAGCACAAAACGGAGGAAUGAUUUACACCCUUCUACGAGCGAGCCUACAGCGACGAGUGAUAAAACUACUGAAUUUCAGGAAAUAAACUACUGAACAACGCAACAGUGGACUUGCGUGAUGGAUAUGGGACUGAACUAAAUGCUGAUGAAGCUGCAAUGAUAGCAAAGUGCUUUACUAAUGGAUAAAGAUACACAAAGUGCACGCUGCAGCUUAAACCACAGUUUCUCUCUGAUGGAGCUCUGACACACAAAAACGCUCAAUGGAGGACCGGGACCGCAGUCGCUCUCCAUCACGCAGGACCAGCAAAGUGGAGCAGGUGGUAGGACGCUGGCUUCGUCGUUCCAGAGAGUCCACUAGCAGAGAGCGAGUGUUAGAUGAUGACGGACAAGGAGCCGAUGCCAGUCCUCAGGAACAUAGAAGCUCUUUGGUCAAAGUGAGCAUUCAGAUCCCACUGGACCCCGACCUCAAGUCCCACGGCUUCACCUUGUCCACACACACUCCAUCACAGGUGGAGGAGGUCAUCACAGGGGGUCCUGCAGAUGGCAAACUCUUACCUGGUGACCAGCUUGUAAAAGUCAAUGAUGUUGCAGUUGAUGACCUGUCUACAGAACAAGCUGUCAACAUCCUCAAGGAGUGCCAGGACACCAUAACAGUGACAGUCCUCAGAUUAACAGUGGGGCCGAAGUCAUCCUUCAUAACCCCAGAGAAGAGGGCUAAGCUAAAAUCCAACCCGGUUAAGGUGCGCUUCGCCGAGGAAGUGGUCGUUAACGGCCACUCGCAGGGUAACUCUCUGCUCUUCCUGCCCAAUGUCCUGAAGGUCUAUUUAGAGAACGGCCAGACCAAAGCCUUUAAAUUCGAGCACAAAACCACCGUUAAGGACAUCGUGAUGACUCUGAAAGAGAAGCUGUCCAUAUCCCGCAUCGAACACUUCUCCCUGGUGCUCGAGCAGCAGUACAGCAUCGCCAAACUCUUCCUGCUGCACGAGCACGAGCUGAUUCAAGAAGUGGUCAGGAAGAGAGAGACUCAUGACUACCGGUGUCUGUUUCGUGUUUGCUUCGUGCCCAAAUAUCCACAAGAGCUGCUGGAGGACGACGCGGUCGCCUUCGAUUAUCUCUACUUACAGAGUGUGAGUGAUGUGCUGCAGGAGAGGUUUGCUGUGGAGAUGAAGUGUAACACAGCACUCAGAUUGGCAGCUCUGCACAUACAGGAGAGACUCGCCAGCACCGGCCAGUCUCCCAAAACACCACUAAAGACCAUUGUGAAGGACUGGGGUUUCGAAAGCUUUGUCUCCAACACCCUGCUGAGGAACAUGAGAGAGAAGGACUUGAGAAAAGCCAUCAGUUUACACAUGAAGAGGAUCCUUUUACAGGAACACAAGCACAAGGCGAUGACAGUAAACCAGGCCAGGCUUAGCUACCUGAGUGAGAUGUCUGAACUCAAGUCAUUUGGGGGAAAAUCAUUUAGUGCCACAAUGAUGCUACAAGACAGAGAGUCUACGGUGAGCUUGUUGGUGGGUGCUCAGUACGGGGUGAGUCAGGUGAUCAAUCACAAGCUAAGCAUCAUGACCACACUGGCGGAGUUCACCAGCAUCACCAGGGUGGAGCUCGUUACAGAGUCGGAGCGUGUUAGCCUCGUCAAGAUCUACAUGCAGGACAUUAAGCCCAUGACGUUGCUGCUGGAGUCAGCGGCUGCUAAGGACCUGUCAUGUCUGGUAGCCGGUUAUUGCAAAGUUUGCAUAGAUCCUCAAAUCUGUGUGUUCCCCUGGACAGAGGAAUCAGCGAGCCACCGUAUAUCUGCAGAGGAAGGUUACGUGUCAAGGUGUUGCAGCGACUCCGAAGACUCAGAGGUGGAUGCUCUGCUUGGUCAUGAAACAAGUCCUAACCAGGCUGAUCGUGUGGUCAUUAAUCAAGUUGUAGGACAAGAGGAAGGAAAGAGCAAAACAGUAGAAGAGGACGAUGUGGAAGACAAGAGUGAAAAAGAAAGUGUGGAGAACGGAGCUGGAAAAACAAAAAAAGAAAUAGAGGAGCCAGCAGAAUCUUUGCAUGAGGAUGAAGGAGAAACGGUAAAGUGUCUUGCAGAAAAUGACCUGAUAGAAACCAAGGAAGGUGAACAAGAGGCCAAGGAAGUGGAGCUGCCGUGUGUCGUCAUUGUCGAGGAUCCGCCAUCAGAGGCUUCAGAUUCGGUUCAUACAGACUCACGGUUCGUAACCAGCAUGUCCAGUGACUCCAUGGAUGCUUUAGAGGAGGAUGACUUUUUAACCUACUUUUCCACAAACUGUGUCAGCCAACUGAACGUUAGAGAUCAUUACCUCCAUGUAGAUACUCACGCGCCAUGUCCGAGUCAACCGGAUCGGCAAGAUGGCGAUUUCAAUGAUGAACUCUGUUCCAUUGAGUUUCCUGUUGACGAUGACGAAUUCUUAUGUCUUGCUGCCCUGUCUAACAUCGCAGAAUGCCUACCCAGUCCCACUGAGGCAAGUGAGGAUGAAUAUUCUGAACAGGGAGGCGAUGAAGAUGACCAGGAGGCACCAGAGGACGUUUUCGAAAGCGGUGAGCCUCUGAAUGGAGAAUGUGUGUUUACAUUCAACCAAGGUGAUGCAAAAAGGUACUACAACAUUUGCACGAUCGUAACACCCGAUAGCGGUCACAUUCGCGCACGAAAAUCUUCUUCUCAUCAUACUCAUGAAGAAAUCAAAGAAUAUAUUGAGAGGAAGACUGAGCCUGCACCCAUCCUUCUGCAGCCUCCUCCAGAGUUUGGAGACAGCAGUUCAGAGGAUGAGUUCUUUGAUGCCCAGGAGAGAUUUAUUGCUGAGGAACCUUUGUCAGCACCAAUGCCUAAAGGACAUUCUAGAGAAUCGAGUGUCAAGAAGCGUACUCUGAGCCUAAGCAACGUCACCGUCAGUGCUGGCGAACAGCGGAAGCGAGACACAGAGACUAGAAAGAGAGAGAGAAAAGAUAAAGACAAACUAAAGACGGAGGAAAAAAACGAAGUUUCUAGGUUCCGAAAGAGAAGCAGAAAGCGUCGUUCCUUUAUGGAAACAGAGUAUACCUCUUUAGUAACAUUUCCUGCAAAAGACAAGGCAACAAAUUACAAACAAAUCCCAAAUCACUGGUUGGAACCCAGCCAUCUUGGUGAAGACCAUCCCGGUGGUCCGUCAAAUCAAAGCCCCUGUCCCACCGUGUCAUGUCUAUCAAACGCUGAAGGUGAGCCAGCACAAAUGGAAUCAAAACCCAUCAAUCUCCUGCAUGGUAGUAAAAUCAGUAAAGCAUGUCAGCGGAAACAGCAGGUUAUAUUGAUGGAACCGGAUUCUAUGGAAUUUAAGUCGGUCACAGAAAUAAUGUCUACUUCAUCGCCUGCUAUCGUAGCAGUACGCACCUCUACAGAGCCUAAAGUAAAAGUCAAAGAGAUGAGCAGUGCUGACGGACUCAAAAAAGAAGGUGCAGUUUGUGGAGAUAUGUCCGCAAGGUUGCUUGAUGGCCACUUGUUUUUUGGAACUCUUAGCAGGGACUACGCUGAUUAUGCUUUAGAUGUAAAAAUAAAUGACCAAGAAUCUCUGUUAGAAGGUCCAUUUAAUGAACCAUUGCUCAGGAAAAAGAGUCGCUCACUUCCACACUUAAACCAAACAUCUGCAUCUAGCACACUUUCUUUAAAGGUCCCAGCCACGUCCUUCAAGCAGAUACCAAGCAUGGACAGGCUUGAUGUAGAAAAUCUGGAAAUGGACGUUCAGAAAUGUUCGACAGAGCCAACAAUGAGAGCAAGGAGUCAGAGCAUGUCUGCAGUAUGUGACAGUAGUGCUGUCUCUUGUUUAACGAAGAACCUCUUCCCUCAGACGGAACCUGCAGUCUGUACCAAAGAACCACAUUCUGGUGAGAGUUCUGUUGAUCCAUUCACCCAAGAACACUCCUCCACCGUAUCUGUUGGGUGGCCUACCCAAGGAUAUGUUUCCGGUCAGUGUUCUGGCAUCUUUGGCCAGCUCUCUGCUUCUACACCGCAGAGAAAGAUACAGAGCUUGCCCUCGAACCUGUCUCGUUCCCAGGAAGUGCUAGCUAGUAACAGUAGUCUCGCAGAUUAUGCCAAACCAGCAAGGAGUCUUUCUGAAGAUAUAUCUACGACUGGGGUAAAGUCUGACAAGGACACAGAGGUGGAUGAAGAGUUUCAGAAUGUAGUUUGCAAUAAGUCUCAUGUGGAAAGAGUACCGAAAGCUGAACCCGAAGAACUCUCUUGCCCCUCAAAGUCACCUUCAAGACUGAAGCCUGAUGACGCUGUCAGAAUCAGCCCUCCGUCUCUUGUGGUUACUACGCAAAACAUAUACGGACCAUGGGGUGUUGUGACAUCACAAGAGACCAUCAAAUUACAAGCAGGAAACAGUAGACUUGUGGGUGCACACUCGCAGCCUCUAACAAAUUGUGACUGUAGGCCCACCGACACUCAGCCACAGGCCCUGUCUGGACCAAAUCUGAACCCAAAGCCUGACUUUACUUGCAGUUCAGUGCUUGCCUCAGUGUGUGAGACAGUAAUCGAAAGUGCAGAGACACCUAUGGAAGUUUGUGGCUGCCAAUCAGCAUACACCAACUGCUUCAGCGGCGUUUUGGAAAAUGCAAGUUUUGAUAAUGAACUAACUGUCUACGAGUUCUCCUGCAGAUCACAGCAAAGCAUACGUGACCGGGUAGCAUUGGUGACAUCUAUCCCUCCUUCAUCCCUUUCUGGUUCAUCUUCUUCUUUUUCACCAUCCUCACCCCUCCCAGCUUUCUCUCGUGUUGUUCCACCACCUUCCUUAUCCACGGAACUUGGCCCCCUUCUGUCGCCCCUGGACACCCCUGACUGCUUUCUCUCUGACCCUCAUGGAGAUGCUAUAACUGCUUUACUGUCCCAGCACUACCCCUUACCACCAACAGGCUUCCUGGCUCUACAGACAGAUGUUGAUACACUACUAACUGUCCUGGAUGGUGCUAUGAAGGACCACAAUUGCAUCCAAGAGCAUCCCAGAGACACAUGUGCAGAGCACUUUUCUGAAAAUAAGCGCAGGAUGCAUGUGGAGGCGCGAGGCUUUCUGGCUGGCUGUCAGCAAGUCGUAAAGUCUGGACAGGCCCCAGCAGAGACACUGCAAGCUCUUGCAGACAGUUUUCACUCACUGUUACAGCUGACCGUCGUAUGCCUGAGUUUCUCUAGCUGCCAGAGGUGCCAGGAGCGCCACACUCAGACCUUGUUGGGACUUGUAGACGUGGCGCAGACAUAUCAGGAGUUUGCACGGGCAGCAGAGCGCUUGGGCAUGGCUACAGAAAGGAGGACUUGCCAUGAGCUCAGUAUUAAACUCCUGGCCCGCCAGUGUACCGCGCUCACAACCUCAGUCUUCUGCCUAACACAGCUAUUCCGUACUCUCACGGCCCUUUGACCUUCGAACAGUAGCGUCUUGCUGACACCCGACUCGUGUGUAGUUCCGCCAAAUCUAAGCUACGUAAGGCAUUUAAGUAAGAUAUUAAUAUAAAAAAGCCUAACUACAGCAACCUAACGAUGCCGACCUUUUACUGAUGAGUGCACACACACAAAAUCAGGGUUACACUGCUAACGAAUUAACUUGCACCGACGACAAUCAUGUAAAAUGAAUAACUAAAAUCGACUUGCGGUAUUGUUACUUAUCAGUGUUGUUAUUUGAAUGUAUGAAAUUAUUUUCUUAUUUUCUUAUUCCAGAUCUAUGUAGUUAGCAGCUUUCUUGAAUUUAUCGUUGUUUUUCCUUUAUCGUAUGCGUGGAGUAGCAGUUACGCACAAGAACAGGACCUAACCUCGCCUUUGUCUUUUUUCUCCUUAUUUCUCCUCGAUCUUUUCGUUUUAAGCAUAAUCAUACACGCCUCUUAAUCAAACUUUAUUACAAAUGCAUGAUUUUAUUCGUUGCCACACCUGUCUGCAUGCUCACCAGAACAGAAUCGACAAAGGCUCGACAUUUCGCAGACACUAAUGGCUAUCUGUUAGUGACCAGGACCUAUACUUUGUAUAUUUAGAGCAAGUAUACCAAAGGAUAUAAAGAACUAUGUACAUUUUUUUGAAGAUGGAGACUCGAGUCAUGUGAGUAGGUUUUUCCAUGAUGGAUUUUGGCUUCUUUAAUUGUUUAAUUCUUUCCAUAGGCUGUAUUAUAUAUAUAUAUAUAUAUAUAUAUAUAUAUAUAUAUAUAUAUAUAUAUAUAUAUAUAUAAUAUAUAUAAUUUUUUACUAUAGACACAUUAUUUAUUAAAUCAUUUCAAGUCCCAUCAGAUCCACAGAGAUACGUUCUUGCUAUGUGUUCAUUCAUUUCUAUUUCUUUAAGCUUCAUUUUAGUAACUUUAGUACUGUAAAGGCAACAUGAGCUGUAAUUAGGUUGUUUGUAGUUUCUGGAAAUCGUGUCCUCUUACACAGACAUCGGAGGACUGGCUCUUUCGUUUCUCUGAAUAAUACUUUGGAAUGACUUCCUACUGGAGCUUUGACGGCCACCAAAAUGGCACAAGGAUUGUAUUAUUACUCUUUCACACCGGUGUGUGUGUGUGUGUGGACUAAUCAGGAAGCUGCUGUGUACUGUCCUCAUUAGGCAUGCUUCAUAAAAUUCACAUACUGUACUUUACAAGUAUUUACAACACAGACUGGAGGAUUGCAUGCACAAACCUAAGCAUGACCUGAUCAAGUGACUCAUGAGGUAUGAAUUAACGAACGACUGUAAAUCUCUUGCUUUGUAAUGCAGUAUUCACUAUUAAAAGGAGACUCGAAAUAA